UGGAAAGGAACGAUGCUUUCAGUUGUCGCUUCCUCACAGUGUUUGCUUCUUAACGUUGGUUUUCCCAAGUCUUCCAUUUUAUUCUUCGAACGAUCAUUAAAAAAAUUUAUCUUCAAUUCCCACUUCGAGAAAUAUAAAAUUAUUCGAUCGAGGAAUGUUGCAAAAAUGACCAUGAUUCUACCGUUAUACCUGUUAACCCUUCAACAAAUGAAUUAUCCGUACCAUUUACCGAUCAUCGAACGAUCCGUCAAAGAUCUUCUCGACACGAGCCAAUUUUUGAACGUCCUAUUCGUCGUUCAAAAUUCUCUCGGCCGUGAUCCCUUGGACGAUCUCCAGUUGAUCGACGAGAUCUACAAAACCGUGUCACGCACCAUACCGACGAAUUUCGUUUCCUUCAACGACUCGAUCCCGAUCGAAUUACCGGACAUCGACGCGACCGAGUCUACGCUCAUCUUAUACUCGUACGUGGCGAAAGAUUUCCCUGAUCGCCGUCGAAGAGAGGACAUCGCCCGUUUCAUAGAGCACUGCCAGAACCGGUCCAAAGUAUUGUUAAUAACCAAGCUCGAGGAGAUAAACUGCAACUUCGAGGGAUUUUUAAAACAGAUCUGGUACGACGAGUUGAUCGACAUGACGGUAUUAGAGUUAUCCAACAACUCUCGACUAUCGAUAACCAUGAACGUUCAUCGAUACAACCCUUUCACCAACAUGUACGAUCGAACGCCGUAUACCCCGACUCUCGACUGGUUCCCCAACAAGUUGAUCGAUCUUCACGGCCACCCGUUUCGCGCUACCAUUUUGGAACGCGAAGGCUACAUAAAUCUGACGGUCGACUCUCGAUCCUGCCCUAUCUCGUACAAGGGACCCGACGUGAAACUCCUUCACACGCUUGCACGUAUCAUGAACUUCACGAUCGUGAUGCUGCCCAACAACGACGCCCUUACGAGCCUGAUGGACGGCGAUCUGGACAUCAUAAUACCGAAGCUGCCGUUAUUCCCCGACCCGCGUUUCGACCUGUUGGACCACACGUUGCCGUUCGAGUACGAGAAGUGGUGCCCAGUCGUACCGAUCGCGUAUCAAGUGAACACCAUCGAGUCACGAGCUUUCGCAGCUAUAAUCGCGAAUAUAGUGAUCCUUCUCGCGUUCUGGGCAAUAUCGGCUCUGUUGAGGUUCGAGAAGAGGUUGUGGCAACCGUUGAAGAUAUUCGGGAUCUUGAUCGCGACGAGCGUCUCGAUGAGGCCGGACAGAACGUUGGAGAGGAUCGUGUUCUUCCUGAUUGUAUUGGCGUCCGUCAUGUACUCGGCCAAUCUUUACGUCGACUUGACGAGCGUAAGCAUGGCGGACACGAUGGAGACCGAGUACAAGAGUUACGAAGAUCUGGACAAAUCCGGAUUGACGCCUGUCGUCCUCCACAUGAUAUUCAACGUCACCUUCUUCACCGACGACCAGGCAUUCAACUCGUUGAAGAGGAAGGCGAUCGCCGACGAGGACAUGGAAAAUUGCACCGACGUUCUGUCCAGAUACAGGAACGUCACCUGUUUCAUGGAGUUGAGAGGGAUAAACGCGUUGAUUUACUCCCAAGCGAAGAGGGAUUCGGUUACUAUGAAGGUGUGCAGAAAUUUGUGCUACGCAAAACCUCACGCGACUUACUUUCUAAGGAAGCACUCGCCGUUCAGGAGUAAAUUCGAUACGAUCAUAUCGAGGUUGGAGGCGGCAGGUAUUCGCAAGAAGUGGCAUUACGAUUUCGUAGGGAAAUUUUUCCCGAAAAAGGCGCGUCCUGUUAAUCGAAAUUUGUACGAAUCGUCGCUCGUCUGGAAUCUGGUUUACAUAGGGGUGAUUGGAUUCUUGUCGUCAAUCGUGGCGUUUUUUUGCGAAAUUCUCGUGUAUCACGCGCAGAAAAGAAGGAAAAAUGAU